AUGGACAGGGAGCUCAUCGGUUACAACUACUCACCAUACCACCACGGAGCAAGCAUUGGCCGUCCGCUGUCCGCUGCAUCGUCGACCUCGACUGCCUACAGCUCGGCCUCGUCUCCCCAAGAGUCGUCUCAUCGUCUGGCUGCUCGUGCGCCUGCUCCCACCUCUGCUCCUUCUAACACAAUGCGCCGCGCAAACACAAUGGCUGAAAUUCCUCUGCCCAUCACUUACACGCCCACUACUCACCGCAUCAGCAAGGCCAAGAAGGGCAAGCGUGUGCACGCUUGCGAGUUUCCCGGCUGCAACAAGGUCUUCACUCGUGCCGAGCACCGCCGCCGCCAUGAGCUGAACCACAACCCGGAGGCUUCCUUCCCUUGCACCUACGACGGAUGCCGAAAGGCCUUCCAUCGCUCCGACCUUCUGGCUCGCCAUAUGGAGCGACAGUAUGUCUCCCCCGAUAGCAUUCUUAUCUCCCCGGUAGCUGCUAACCGCUUAUCUAGCGAACUGGACGGCCAAUCAGACAGUGCUAGCGGCCGCUCAUGGAGACCCCAGGGCAAAACCACCAUCACUUCCGUCCCCAACAGCAUGGUCACCUCGAUGCCGCUGGAUGUGAGCUCUGCUUCCUAUCCCACCAGCCAGGUGUCGACUCCCAUGUCUGUCGGUAGCCCUGUCAUUGGAGGCGCUAUCCACCCGGACCUCGGCAGCGACCUUGCCCUGCCCUGGAGUGGCAUGGAGAUCCCCUUCCAGCCGCGCCCAACCGUCUUUGGAAGCCACAUUCGUGAUUCUUCAGACGACAUGCCUUUCUACUCGUCUCCAGAGACCUGUGGCUCGCCGGCCUCCGACUAUGUCAUGCCACACCCACCAUCUGCCCCAACUUCAGUCAUGGAGCCAUAUGCUUACCAUGAUCUGGCCGCCUCCCCUCUCCAGCUGCCUACAUCGCGCGAAUGGGAUGGUGUUGACAUUGUUCCUGCUCCCAACAUGAUGCCCGUUGCCAUGGAUGGGCACCAGAUGAUCCAGCCAGUAGAGCAUUCCCCAGUACAGCUCUCCCACGUGGGUCGGGAUGAAUGGUAUGCACUACGAAGAGAACUUACUUCAGCGCCAGGCGUCGUUUCCGGAACCGACAGCAUGGAGAUCUUGGACACUCUAAAGUGGCAAGAUUGUUUUGAGUAUUAUUGGCAGCAUUUUCAUCCCCUUUUCCCCAUCAUUCAUCGCCCUACUUUUCUCGCAACAAAGCCCAGUCCGUUGAUGGCCGGGGCCAUGGUUGCGAUUGGCUCGCAAUAUGACACCCGCCCCAACUCCAAGGAGUAUUCUCUGUCUCUUUUAGAGGCCUGUUUAAAACUUCUCGCUAAACGAUCCCCAAUUACCAGCCGCUCUCGUGUGGCUGAUAUCCAAACCGUCUUUUUGCUUGAAUUCCUGUCAAAGUUUACGUCUCGGAAAGCAGAUGUGCAGAUAUCGCAUCGGUUUCGGAGUCUCUAUGGCAGUUUCAUACAGGACAGGCACUGGGUGCAUGUGAACCCUCUGGCUGUCUUGAACACAUUACCCGCCCAGUUUCCUCCAGAAGCACUGAAAAGUGCGCAGAACUUUUGGGCCGAACACGAAACCCGCCGUCGUGUUUUGCAAGCCGCCUUUAUUCUUGAUAUUCAACAGUCUGCGUUAUUUGGCCAGCCUCCUGUGCUGCUACAGCCCAGUUCCGCUCCAGCCAAUGCAUGGCAGUCAAACUCGCGCAUGAUGGACAUUCCUUUCCCUUGCGCCUCAGACCUGUGGGAGAGCAACAAUCCAGGCGACUGGUUAGUGUCGGCGCGAUCCUACAUCCCGGUUUCACUGGCUACUGCCGCUGCUAGUUUCAAUCAACAUUCGGGACUCCGCCCUGAUCAGAUUGACACUUUCCAAUCAUCUUUACUUGUUGCUUACGGAUUAUCCGGACGUGCACAGGGUGGGGACCCGGAGAGCUCACUACGUGGAUUCACCGCGCUGGAAGAUGCGGCUGGUGACACUCCCAUAGUAGCUUCACCUCAUGCGCGAACACUCUUCAUUGUCCACACAAUGCUUGCUACUCGAUACACUCCGGUUCAUACUUUAUUAAGUGUCAGCGGAGAAUCAUGGCUCUUCAACCAAAAGCUUGCCCAUGAAGGGGACUUCCGAAGCGCCAAGAUUGCUCUUCGACAGUGGGUCUCUGACACGGAAGACGUGAAGAAGGCGGUCUGGCACGCGGUACGUGCGCUGCGUUACAUUGUCGAUGAUCCCGACGUACUUUUAUCAAUAUCGGCAACGCCGGCACAGUGGAACAAUUUCCUGCCAGCACCUCCACGGUCUAGCGCUUCGAACAUGCUGCAAACAAAUUGGAGUAUUUACAUUUGUGCUCUGAUCUGUUGGGCGUACGGAUUCGAACCUAACAAUUAUCCGGCACAAAGCGCUGAUGACGACGUUGCUGGACUGUCUCGGGCGUAUAUUUACAACAUGAUAACGUUGGCGCCAAUGUGGGAGCAUGUCUCGCGCAAUCACAUUCCACCUCUGCUCAGAUGCAACACAACGCCACUGUUGAAAUUCAUCCGAGUGUCUCGGUUCCGCGAGGCUCGCAUCGGCGGCUUGCUGAACGAAGGCGACCAAGUUCUCGCACGUCUCUCCGAACCCCGGGGUGCCCAUGGUGGCAUCAAGGGCAUGUGGAGCUUUUGA